AAAGGUGAACUUCAAAGGAAAUGGUGGAGCCAGCGGAUGUCCUGUAGCUCAUUUCAGCCUAAACAGGUGUCCCAGCCUUGAUUAGUGAGCAGGCAGGACUGAGCAAGUGUGGGGGGGGUGAGGCGGUGAGAGUUAAAGAGAAGGUGGAGGAGCAACAGCCAUGGAGAGAGAGGGCAUUGCCAUCAUGGAUAAAGAGAUUUCAUCUGAGGGAGCACAGAACCGGCCAACUCCAGCAAUGAGAACUGCACUCAGAAAAAACAUAACAAUCAGUUCCAGCCCACAAAAAAACAGUGAGCAAGGUCACAGGUCUCGGUGUUCCUGCUGUUACAUAGUCACCAUCAUCCUUCUGGGGAUUGCUGUGCUCGCUCUGCUGGGUACAGUUCUCUAUUUGAUCCUGAAACGACAUGAGUCAAGUUGUGAGGAAAAUAUGGUCUUAAAGGUGGAGAACUCAACAAGACUUGUGACUCUGAAGGAGGACUUGUGCCCUGAGCAAAAUGGUACUGUGUGUGAGCUUUGUCCUCCGGGGUGGCGGCUGAGCAACAGCAAGUGUUACUACUUCUCAGGAGAGAAGCAGAGCUGGGAGGCCAGUGCCAGAAACUGUGCCAACAGGAAAUCCCGGCUCCUGGUCCUGGAGGAUGAGGCUGAAGCGGUCAGGGUCCAGGAGAUGAGGCCAAGAGAUGAGUAUUUCUGGAUCGGGUACAAGUAUAACACGACCCAGGGUCAGUGGAUGUGGCUGGAUGACCCUGGAUUCUCCAGAUACAGGGUAUCGGCUAAGUACCUGUCACAAUUGGAGUGUGUCUCUUUCAAGGGAAAGAAUUCAUUUGCUCCUGAAAAAUGUUCCCAAUUGCACUACUGUGUUUGCAAGAAAAAUGUGACUGUUCUGGAGCCUUGAGUCUCUGCAGGAAUUCUCUGGUGAGAUCCUUUCUCCAGUGGAGGAUGACAUUCAUUCUCUUCAUUUUGCAUGCUGGGGACAUGGAGUAAAAUACAGUGCAAUUAAGAUGUGCCUGGGGCUGUGUGUGAAUAGGAACAAAAAAUAAUAAAAAUGUUUUUUAAAUGGAA